GCUGCCAGCAAGGUCUACGAGCUGGUGCGGACGCCGAGUCCGGACGCGGCCACCACCGCCGACGGCGCCGAGAAGAGGAAACGCAAGUGGUCCGGCAGCGCCAGCGCCAAGAAGGCCAAGAAGCACAAGCGGGAAAGAUGCAGCACAACGUAAACGUGGGUUUUUUUAUUCCGUAUUAUAAACGCGCCGUUGGAAGAUGUGGUUUUUCGCGGUUGUGUCAUUCCGAAUCUCGAGGGACUCUCAGCGAAUAUGGAAGUCGGAAUCCCCCAAGCCCGGUAAGAAGAAAGAAAAGUCCAAGAAGAAGAAGAAGGAGCGGAAGCACCGGAAGACCGAGGCCACAUCCUCCGACAGUGACUCCAGUGAGGAUUCCGACGACAGCAACUCGUCCGAGGCCGAGUCGAAGAAAAAGAAGAAGCGGAGAAAGAAGAAACUGAAAGUUGAAGGAAAAGACAAACAUGAGGUACGGACAUGGUGUUUCGAAUGA